UCCUUUUGAGUUGCGCUCUCAAAAAGGUGGCGCCUUUCAUCUUAUUUAACUCCGGGCAAGAAAAUUUUGUCACAAACCCAUCUGUUAUCAACCCGUUUUCUAUCUGCAUUUCCGUUGAAGUUUUGACCUUGGCAGGUUUUUCAUCUUAUUUUUGUCUGAGAAAUGCUCUUGAGUUCUGAUAUGCUAAAAUCUAAUCCUAAAAACACCAAACAAGAAAUUUGCAGCAUACCCAUUUGUUGUCUGCCUCCAUUCUAUCCGCACGUCCGUUAAAGUUUCGAUCUUGGUGUGUUUUUCUUUCGUCUGAUUUUGCUUGAGGAAUUUGUCCUGAGUUUUGUUAUGUAGAACAAAAAAUGGCCGCUAAUGGUUCUGCAAGAGGUAACUCCCUGUUCAAAGACGACGAGCUUUCAGGGAUAUCUGGUGUGUUGAAAGGCGAGGAUUUUGUGGAGGUCACUUGCGGCUCUACUAGUAGGAAACAUGGCGAUGCCAUCGGCAGGUUGAAGAUUUUUGAGUCUGGAGUUCUGGAGGUAAAAUGUGAAUGCAUUCAGGGGUGUGAAGAAGGCACAAUGACUCCGUCUGAAUUCGAAAAACAUGCAAGACAUGAAGAGGUCCAGAGAAGAUGGAAAACCAACAUAUGGGUGAUGCUGAAAGGGAGGAAGGUUGCAUUGCUGAACACAUCCUUGCUCAAAUACUACAACAGAGCAGAAAAGGCUAGCGGAUCAUAUAAGGGUCGCCGCGCUCGUCCUUUUCAUCGUGAUGAGCUUAUUCCUUGUGUCAUAUGCAAGAAAAAGAGGAGGUUUCGGCUACACAACAAGGAGGAAAUGCGCCUUAUCAUAGCCAUUGCAAAUAAAAACUGGAAAUGCUCAGAUUUCCCUAUUGGCAAUCUCAGCUGCGACGAUGAUGAAGAGCGUGGAAGCCGAAAGGUGUUGAGGGGGUGUCCUCGUGCUCCGCUGUGCAAGGGCUGCACAAGCUGUGUUUGCUUCGGGUGCCAUCUCUGCCGCUUCGAAGACUGCAACUGCAGGACCUGCGUCGAUUUCUUGACCAAUCUUUAGAAAACCGAUCUAUCCUCCUUAUUCUGUGUUCAAAACCCCUGAUGACAUCUAUUCUGGUUAUGGAAGCCCUUUAUGUUUGCUUUUAAAAUUUUGAGAUAAAGAUUCUGCUUUGGUGAGAUGAUGAUGAUUUAUCAAGUAUGGUUCGAUUUGAAAUCAGCUGCAAAGGUAAGAGCUCUUGAUGGAAAUGUUGUCAAUAGUGUAGCAAACAGAGCUUAUGGUUGGCAAUAUAUGUUCCGAAAUUUGCAUACGGUAGGUUUUGUGUUUUCAAAGCUGAAUAUUUUGAAGGUUACAGCGCCAUCUUAAAUUCCUAGCAGGUAUAUGCCAGUGAAUGCAACCCGUAUCGGUGUCAUUGGUAUAUUGUGGUUCAAUUUAUUUUAUCAGUAUAGUUAUGGAACUUUUUAUAUUAUUUGCUUCUAAAUAUCCGAGAUAAAUAUUAUGCUCUGACGAUAUUAUGAUUCGUCAAGUGUUCGUUCAACAUGAAAUGAGCUACAAAGGUUAAGAGGUUCUAUGAUACGAGUGGCAACAAUUGUUCCUAAACCUGCAUAAUGAGUUUAGCGUAUUCUCUGAGCUGAUUAUUUUGAAGGUCUCACUGUGAUCUUGGCUCCUCAGCAGGUUUUUAAAGAGUGAAUGCAACUAUAUUAGCAUCUUUUGUAUCUUGCAGUUUGAUUUGUGUUAGCC